CCCCCAAUCCCGAGUCGGAUUUUUUCCAUCUCUCACUAAGUCACAGCGCAGAAAGAACAAGGGACAGAACAACAGAGUCCACACUCCAGCCGGUCGUCGAUCCGCCGCCGUCGCCCGCCGCCGCACCCAGCGCCGCGCUCACGUCCUUCGAGGACAUUUUCAACGUCGACAUGCUCGUCGCGCCCUCGCUCUCCCCGUCGCACCACUCGCAGUCGCCCUCUUCGGCGCUGUCCAAUCGCUCCUCGCACUCGCCGCCCGAGUCCUACUCCGCUCUACCACCGACGCCGCCCCAGUCGUUCCUGAGCGACCCGCUGCUCGACGGCUCGUCCUUCUUCAACUUUGCCAUGCUCGACGAGGAGUUUUCGAAGGGCAUCGCGAUGGGCGGCGAGCCCUUCAUCUCGGGCUCCUCCGCCCCAUACGACUUCAUGUCCUCCCUCCCCGAACUGUCGUCCAGCAUGAGCAUGACGAGCGAAUCGAGCCCAUCGGCCGCGUCCAACUCGCCCGCGCAGCACAACAUCUUCACCAUCGACCCUCAACUCGUCGGCUCGCCGUCCUCCACCUUCGACCACGAUACCGAAGCCGACUCGCCCAUGAAUCACAACCACCACCACCAAGCUUCCUCCAACUCGGCGAGCAGUUCCCGCCACAACUCGCAACACCCGGCCGACAACGAGGCCGACAACGAGUCGGACGACGACCUUGAGCCCGAUCUUCCGAGCACGCUCACCAUCAAGGUCGGCGGCAAGGGCAAGGCUGGCGGACGGAAGGGUACCGUCGCCUCGGGCGGCAUCACGAAGAAAUCGAGCGUCACGUCCUCGGCCGUCCAGAAGCGGGAGCAGAGCGAGGAGCCCGACGAAUGGCGGCCGAGCCCCGAGGAGUACAAGAAGAUGUCGAGCAAGGAGAAACGCCAGCUGAGGAACAAGAUUAGCGCCAGGAAUUUCCGCAUACGGCGAAAGGAAUACAUCACCACCUUGGAGGGCGACAUCGCCGAGCGCGACCGCCUCCUCGAGGCCAUCCGUUCCGAACUCGGCAGCACCAAGGACGAAAACCGUGCCCUCCGUCAGGAAGUCGACGCGCUCAAGAAGGCGCUUCUCUCCGGCCGGGCCGAAGACGGCCCCGUCCUCCCGCCACCCGCCCCGCUCCCCGCCGUCUCCGCCGCCCUCACCUCUUCCUUCUCCUCCAAUACGAAGGACAACAGCAACCGAAAGGGAGCGACGAGCCCUGCGCCGACGCCGAAUACCCGCAAGGACUUGCCGACGAGCCCCCGGCUCCGGAACGCUGGCGCCUUUUGGGGCGGCGGGGCCGCGAGCCCGAUGGCGUUCGGCGGCUACACGCCGGUGCACACCACCCUCGUCCCCGAGAUCUCGUUCGGCACUUCAGCGCUGUCCGGCAAGCCGACGGGUGCCGAUACGAACAACUCGGCCGCGCCCGCCCGGCUGCAGGAGAACCUGAACCCGGCUCUCAACUCGCUCUACGGCACUGGUGGAUUCGGGGCGAAGGGUAUGGGAGGCGCGCCGAGCCCCGGGUUUGACGCGUUCGCGGAGAUGAACCCAUUCACGUUGAAGACGCUGGACGCGUACCGGAUGCAGCUCUGGACGAAGAUGGCGGCGCAGCAGCAUGCGAGGCGCGAAAUGCAACAGCAGCAGCAGCAACAGACCCAGCUCUCCGGCUUGGCGUCCAACCUCCGUCCGGCGUUCUUCGCGAGCAAGCAUAUCGCGGGAUCGACCGGCGCCGGCGCGUUGUCUGGCAAGGCUGCCGCGGGCGCGUACCCGACCCCGCCGACCUCGCCCCGGUUGUCGCCCAAGGUUUCUUCGUCGUCGUCUGGCGCGGGCCCGAGCAAGCAGGAGGCGGCGAUGGUGCACGCUGCCGCGCUCGCGAGCCAGUCGUUCAUGGCGAAGCUCGGCUCGGCGUUCUGGGACGCGUUCGCGGGACACGAGGAGAAGGGAGGUGCGAGGAAGGGACGGAUGGGAGCCGGGGUGGAUGCGGACAAGGUGCGGAGGGUGUUGGAGGGCAAGGCGGUGUUGAGGGUCGUGGAUGUCGAGCCCCAGCCCCAGCAGCCUCAGCCUCAACCACAGAAGAUGAUGAAGAUGGGCGGUGCCCAGGAGAAGGAUUCUGGGGAUUGUUUGACCACGCUGUUGGAGGAGAGCAUGCGCAGCUUGUCGAUCUCGAAGAAGGGGCAUAUAUAAACCGAUGUGUCUUGGAUGCCGUCGUCGUCGUCACCCCCUCUCCCUCCUCGUUGCAUUCACCUCCGCCCAUCGCAUUCGCAUUUUCCUCCUCUCAUCGCAUCGCAAUCGCAUUGUACAAAAUACUCCGAAAUCGCCAAUCUCGAACACGAAAUCGACCAGGGCGCACCCGACGUGCCCUCUUCUCGUCUCGUCUCGUCCAACCCUCCUUGUCGUUUCUGUCUCGUCGCCCACAUCCCCCCCUCCAUCUCCAUCAUCAUCGAAAUCUUGACUCUCCUUCCUGUCCUGCCCCCUCUGUCACUCUCGAUUCUCUUCCGUAUCAUAUUGCGCUGCGUGUCCAUACAUCCCCCAUGGGACCAGCUUAUUGGUUGCUCGAACGGACGUUGACCCUCCCCUCCUCCCCACGUUCGAAUGCGAAAUAGUCCAACCGUUCCCUCCCAUCCCUUCGUUCUUCUGAUCUCUCUGUCCCCGUCGCGCUGUUUAUAUAUAGAAAUCGAAAGCUAGUAGU